AGGAUGUAUUUUAUUCUUAGAAUUCAAGAAUUAAAUGCAUUAUUGUGUAUUUAAGAAAGCUAAGAAUCUAAGUUAUUCAAAUCUCAUAUUGAAAAGUAAAUCGCUUGAAUGUUCAAAAGUAAUGGAUAUAUUAAAAGAAUCCUUUCAUCAUACUCAAUCAAUAAAAAAUAUGGAAGCAAUCUUAGUUGUAAGUGGAACUGGGGUCAGCUAUUGUGAUAACUAUAUCAUAUGAAACAUUUCUUG